UCUUGACAGUUCAACACUUCGCCGCGCACAUUUUCUAUUUGUUUCUUUACAACGAUGAAACACGUGCGGGAAACGGCUUUGGUAAAACCAAAAUUAAAUAAUAAAACGAAUAAAGUGAAAAAAACGAAAUUGAAGAAAAAGAAGCAGAAACAGAAUGGCAUCGAAAUAGUACCGAAAGAAGAGAAUGAAGCGAUUCCGGCUACGCGUACUUCCGAUGAACCCAUUCCGAAGAAGGAUAAAUGGGUAAAUCGUCAACGAGUGCUGGUGUUUGCUGCCCGUGGCAUAUCGUUCAGAGACAGACACCUGAUGCGUGAUCUUCGUACGUUAAUGCCACACCACAAACCUGAAUCCAAAAUGGAACGUUCAAAAACGUUGUCGGUUAUCAAUGAAGUGGCUGUAAUGAAACACUGUAACAAAGUGUUGCUGUUUGAAGGUCGUCGAAAGCGUGACCUGUAUAUGUGGUGCUCGAACAUACCAGAUGGUCCAUCGGCGAAAUUUCUCGUUGAAAAUGUCCACACAUUGGGUGAACUGAAAAUGACCGGCAAUUGUUUACGCGGAUCUCGACCAUUGUUGUCGUUCGAUGACAACUUUACGGACGUUCCAUAUCUAGCACUGUUGCGCGAACUAUUUGUACAGACAUUUGGUGUGCCGAAUCAUCAUCCCAAAUCUCAGCCGUUCUUCGAUCACGUUUACACAUUCACAUUCGUUGACAAUCGCAUUUGGUUCCGCAAUUUCCAGAUAUUAUCGGAGGAUGGUGGUCUGGCCGAAGUUGGACCGCGAUUCGUUUUAAAUCCCGUCAAAAUAUUCGACGGUUCGUUUGGCGGUGAAGCCAUUUGGGAAAAUCCCGAUUACGUCAGUCCUGCCAAAUACCGGCAAAUGUUGAAAAAGAAAGCCAAAGAUCGAUACGUUGAUCGGCUGGAGCAGAAAGCCAAUUAUGAAGCGACGAAACCGGAACAUUCGUACAAUAUAGAAGAUAUGAGUGAAGUGUUCGGCGAGAAUGAGGAAGAGAUUGCAAAGGAAAUUGUUGCCAAACAAGCGGCCCAUCAAUCUUCGGAAUCUGAAAACGAGGAAUUGAAGAAUAUGGAACGCAAAGAGAAGAAACAGGUGCGCAAAGUGAAGAAAUUGAUCAGCAAGAAGAAGGAGCAGGUAAACAAGUCGAUACAAAAGAAAUUGAAAAAGAAAUCGAUUGAUUAAGGACAUUGAUGUUUAUAUUCAAUUUAAAAAAUAAAAUAUUUUUGUUUGUACCACAACAA